AUGAACAGUCUAAAACUUGGUGUUGAAGUUAUUGGUGCUCAUGACCUUGUGGCCAAAGAUGGACAAGAUCCAAGCAAUUUACCGAAUCUCAAUCUUGAUGCUUGCAUUUACCACUUUAACAACAAAAGCAAUGGCUCCAAGACUCCAAUCGGUAAGGUAUUCGUUACAGCUGACUCUUCUUUAAGAGCCUCAAACCCUCUUCCUGCUAUGCAAGAAUCAAUAUUCGACGGAUUCGUUAAUAAUACAGAUGAAAGCCUUACACAAGAUGAAAUACCGAUACCAGCAUCAUUUACAAGUCAAAUCCUCAACAAUGUGUUGAAAAAGAAAAAGGAGCCAGUGCACACGUUUCACAACCUUCCAAAGUCAAGUGAUGGGAAGGAAAAGAAAUCAUCAGGUGUGGCAUUUGGGAUGCAUGAGAUGAAAUCGGGACAGUCUGCUCCGAAUGCUGUUAAAGCAUUUGCAGGCGCUGCAAUGGACUAUGUACUGAAAGAGACAAGCCCUUCUCUCGGAGGUGGAAAAGUUGUUGGCGGAAGAGUUAUUCGUCCUAGCAGCACCUAUGACCUUGUGGAACCGAUGGAGUACCUUUUCGCGCGAGUUGUGAAAGCUCGCGACCUUCCAAGGAAGGAUUUGACAGGUAGCCUUGAUCCCUAUGUGAUAGUUAAGGUCGGAAACUUCCAAGGAACUACAACUCACUUUGAGAAAAACCAAAGUCCUGAAUGGAACCAGGUGUUUGCAUUUGCCAAGGACAAUCAACAAGCAACUAGUCUUGAAGUUAUUGUCAAAGACAAGGACACAAUACAUGAUGAUCUUGUUGGAACUGUGAGGUUUGAUUUGUAUGAUGUUCCUAUACGCGUUCCGCCUAAUAGUCCUCUGGCUCCUCAAUGGUAUAGAAUUGUGAACAAAAACGGCGAUAUGAUGAAUAACGGAGAGAUAAUGCUUGCUGUCUGGCAUGGCACACAAGCUGAUGAGGCUUUUCCUGAUGCUUGGCAUUCUGAUGCAAUGUCCCCCACUGGAAGCUUUUCGGCUAACUAUGCUCAGAUUCGGUCUAAGGUCUACACUUCGCCAAGAUUGUGGUACCUGCGCGUGAAAGUGAUCGAGGCACAAGACUUGGUUUCACCCGACGAUAAGUCUAAAGCCGUGGAUGCCUUUGUUAAGGUGCAACAUGGUAACCAGGUUUUCAGGACAAAAACGGUUCAAUCAAGGGCCAAUAAUCCGCAGUGGGAUCAAAGUACGCUGUUUGUAGCUGCUGAACCUUUUGAAGAACCUUUGAUCAUAACAGUCGAAGAAAAGAAGGAGAUUAUUGGCAGUAUAGUUAUUCCUCUUGGCUCUGUUGAAAAGCGCGCUGACGACAGAUCUAUCCGUAGCAGGUGGUAUCCACUUGCAAAGUCCAUAUCAUCAGCAAUGGAAGAGGGAGAGAAGAAAAUGAAGGACAAGGAAAAAAACAGUGAUCUUAGGCCUACUUCAAGACAACUUUGGAAGAAGCCAAUUGGUGUAUUGGAACUUGGAAUUUUGAAUGCUGAUGUUCAACCAACCAAAACUAGAGAUGGAAGAGGGGUAUCAGAUGUAUACUGUGUGGCAAAAUAUGGUCACAAAUGGGUGCGAACUCGAACGGUCGUGGGCAGUCUAAACCCGAAAUUCAACGAGCAGUACACUUGGGAAGUUCAUGAUCCAUCCACAGUUCUAACCCUUGGUGUGUUUGACAAUGCACAACUUAGUGAUUCCGAUGACAGCAAAGAUUCAAACAUCGGUAAGGUUCGGAUAAGGCUCUCAACGCUGGAAACCGGACGUAUUUACACACAUUCUUAUCCUUUACUGUCGCUGCAAAGUUCCGGUCUCAAGAAGAUGGGUGAGGUUCAUUUAGCCAUCCGUUUCUCAUGUACCUCAAUGACCAACAUGAUUAAUCUGUAUUUCAAACCGCAUUUGCCAAAGAUGCACUACACAAAACCUCUCAACAUUUUCGAACAAGAGAAGAUGAAAUUCCAAGCAAUGGUCAUUGUGGUAGCCAGGCUUAGCAGAACAGAACCACCUCUUAGAAAAGAAGUAGUUGAGUACAUGUCUGACACAGACUCUCAUCUAUGGAGCAUGAGACGAAGCAAGGCGAACAUAAACCGUCUGAAAUCAGUUUUCUCAGGACUAAUAUCAGCUGGAAGCUGGUUAAUGGAAAUUUCAACAUGGAAAAACUCUGUCACAACAGUAUUAGUCCACAUUCUCUACAUGAUGCUUGUUUGUUUCCCUCAACUCAUUCUACCAACCAUGUUUCUCUACAUGUUCAUAAUCGGCCUAUGGAAAUGGAGGUUUCGGCCGAGGUAUCCUCCACACAUGGACACGAGACUUUCUUGCACCGAUCUAACAAAUCCAGACGAAUUCGACGAAGAGUUUGAUCCGUUUCCAACAAAGAAAAGCCAGGAUAUAGUUCGUUGGAGGUACGAUCGGUUGAGAAGUUUGGCAGGAAGGGUUCAAAGUGUUGUUGGAGACAUAGCAACACAAGGUGAGAGGCUACAUGCAUUGUUAAACUGGAGGGAUCCUCGCGCAACAACUAUAUUUAUGUUGUUUUGUUUUGUGGCUGCAAUUGUGUUGUAUGUGAUACCUUCUCAGAUAUUGUUUCUUGCGGCUGGCUUUUAUCUUAUGAGGCACCCUAAGUUAAGGGGGAAGUUACCACCGGCGCCGGUUAAUUUCUUCAGGAGGUUGCCUGCUCUUACUGAUAGUAUGUUGUAA